AUGGGAAAAUCGUCUUCGUCUGUCAAGAAGAAGCGUUUCAAGGAUUCCUCACAGUUGCGUUCAAGGAAGAGAAGUAAGACUAAGAGUAGGAGUAAAUCCAAGAAGCUUCGUCAUUCCAAGGAUGCAGUUUCUUAUUCUGAUGAUGGUCACUCAACAAGUUCAUUAUCAGUUUCUUCCUCUAGUUCCGAGGACGAUCAUAGGACUCGUAGGAGGUCGAGGUCUCAGGCACGUAAGAUUGCAAAAGAAGGCAAGAAGAGGCCCCGGAAGCAUUCGUAUAGCAGUGAUGGUAGUGAGGACUCUCCUCGUGUGAGGAAACGGAAAGGGUCAAAAAGAAAUGAUGAUUAUGAGGGAAGGAAGAGAACCUACCGGAAAAAGAAGAAGCUUAGAAGAGAUUUGAGUGUGAGUUCUACAAGCAGUGAGUCGCAGAAUUGCUCGACUUGUCACGAUGGGAGUAGCAGUAGCAAUGAGAGUGAAUUUGAGAGGAAGAGAGGAAG